AUGAUGAACAAUUAUGACAAUAAUUUGAAUGAAGAAGUCGGUGUUAAUGUUUCCAUUGAAGUUUUUGUUGAUGAACUACCUCAACUUGAUUGGGAUGAUGAUGACGAUGACGACGAUGAUGAGGACUAUGAUAUGAAUGAUGUUCCUAUUCGUUUUGUGGCGGCAAGUGAGGAGUCAAUCGAGAAAUUUGAAAAAGUUUGGGUUAAAGAUAAUCCAAUUUUUUGUUCGAUUUGUUUGGAGAAUGUUUCUGUUGGUUUGGAAGUUGCGAAGUUACCAUGCGAGUGGCUACAAGUUAGUAAAUUUUGUCCAAAUUGUAGAGUUGAGAUAGUUUAA